AGGGUCAUGAAGCCGUUCAGCUAGCCGCUAUCAACAAUUAAGAGUUUCACAAGUAGGAGGAACCGUGAACAAGUGGGCUAUAUGGUUGCUAUCCCUGUAUUCUCUUUCUUAUACACAUUUCCAGUUUUGGUAUCUUUAUCAAUUGUUUCGAAUUAUCUUCAUACAGCUGAUAUUGAUCAGGUCUGUGAGAUAAUAGUGGUUGUAGCUAAACCAUAAAGCUGGGUGUAUUCAUUUUCCAGCUGGGGGUUGUGGAGGUACGCCAAUCUACUAGCACUAUCUAUUACAUGCGUAUAACCCUCAACUACUUCCUGUAUUCCCUGGUUGACAAAAGACCCUUAAGCCGGAGUGAACUCAUCCAUUACAGAUUUACAUUGUUGUCCUUUUUGCCAUAGAAGUAAAUGGGAACUUGAAAAAGAGAAAAAAAAAAAAGAAGAUAUAUAUAUAUAGAGAGAGAGAGAGAGAGAGAGUUGAAGGAAGAAGCGGGUUGACAGUUUGAAUUCUGACCCAGUUCUCAUUUAAUGAAGAAAUUAAAGCAGUUUGAUGGAUGGCCCUUCAAGUUUCAACUACAACGUAGCCAAAGUUGGUGUUCGCAUUUACUUCUUGCCAACUACCUCUCUCUCGCCUUACUUGCAUUCAUUUUUCUUACAUCUACAUUUACAGAUCAACAUAACCCAUUCCCUGCAAAUUUCCUUAUAUAUAAUCAUCUGCCCUAAGCACAUUCUUUGAAGUUGUACAAGUAGUAGUAGUACAUUGGAAAUUCCAGAAUCAUGGCUAGAGAGAGGGAUCUCCUGUCCACAGAGAUUGUUAACCGUGGGAUCGAGUCUUCAGGACCCAAUGCAGGCUCCCUGACGUUUUCUGUUCGGGUAAGGAGGAGGUUGCCCGAUUUUCUCCAGUCAGUAAACCUCAAGUAUGUGAAGUUGGGUUACCACUACCUCAUCAAUCAUGCCAUCUACUUGGCGACCAUUCCUGUUCUGGUGCUUGUGUUCAGUGCUGAGGUUGGAAGCCUCAGCAGGGAAGAGCUCUGGAGAAAGCUAUGGGAAGAUGCUCGCUAUGACCUCGCAACUGUGCUUGCUUUCUUUGGCGUUUUUGUCUUCACACUCUCUGUUUACUUCAUGUCUCGCCCCAGGUCCAUCUAUCUCAUUGAUUUUGCUUGCUAUAAGCCUGAUGAUGAUCUCAAGGUGACUAAGGAUCAGUUCAUAGAUUUGGCUCGUAGGACAGGCAAGUUUGAUGAGGCAAGUUUGGAAUUCCAGCAGAGAAUUCUGCAUUCCUCAGGAAUUGGGGAUGAGACCUACAUUCCCAAAGCUAUUAUGGCUCAGGAGAACUGUGCGACAAUGAAAGAGGGUCGUGCAGAAGCUUCAAUGGUGAUGUUUGGUGCUCUUGAUGAGCUGUUUGAGAAGACCAGGAUCCGGCCCAAGGAUGUAGGGGUCCUGGUGGUCAACUGCAGCAUCUUCAACCCAACACCAUCCCUCUCGGCCAUGAUUAUCAAUCAUUACAAGAUGAGAGGUAACAUUCUGAGCUACAAUCUGGGAGGCAUGGGUUGCAGUGCUGGGAUUAUAGCCAUGGAUCUGGCUCGUGACAUGCUCCAAGCCAACCCGAAUAACUAUGCUGUGGUGGUUAGUACUGAGAUGGUUGGCUACAAUUGGUACUCUGGCAAGGACCGGUCUAUGCUCAUCCCAAACUGCUUUUUUAGGAUGGGUUGCUCUGCAAUCCUCUUGUCAAACAGGAGGCGUGACUACCCACGUUCUAAGUACCGUCUUGAACACAUUGUUCGAACCCACAAAGGUGCUGAUGAUCGCAGUUUCAGGUGUGUAUACCAAGAAGAAGAUGAGGAAAAGCACAAGGGACUAAAGGUGAGCAAAGAUCUGGUUGAAAUAGGAGGAGAAGCCUUGAAAGCCAACAUCACCACUCUAGGGCCUCUGGUGCUACCUUUCUCAGAGCAACUCCUCUUCUUUGCAACCCUUGUGUGGGGCCACUUGUUCGGGAGCAAGAAGAAGCAGAAAGGCAGUGUCGGUGGAGGAGCCCAUCCAUUAUUAGCAGCGUCUUCAAAGCCGUACAUCCCAGACUACAAGCUGGCUUUUGAGCACUUUUGUGUUCACGCUGCCAGCAAGACAGUGCUGGAUGAACUGCAGAGGAACCUGGAAUUGAGCGACAAGAACGUCGAAGCAUCGAGGAUGACACUUCACAGGUUUGGGAACACGUCCAGCAGCAGCAUAUGGUAUGAGCUGGCUUACCUGGAAGCGAAAGAGAUGGUGAGGAGAGGGGACAGGGUGUGGCAGCUGUCGUUCGGCUCCGGUUUCAAGUGCAACAGCCUGGUGUGGAAGGCAAUAAGGCGCGUGAAGAAACCUUCCAGGAAUCCCUGGCUUGAUUGCGUUGUCAGAUAUCCUUUCCAAGCUUAGAAACUGCGAAAUGAAGGGGGAAGCUGAUGAGGGAAAUGAUGCAAGUGACUAUUGCAUUAAAGCAUAUUCUUGAGAAGGACACAAAUGGGUUUGGAUUCGUUUUCUUUUUAAACUAAACUUGUUAUGAGCAACUAGAGCUUGCUGCUCUUUUAUUCUUGUUUUUGUUUUUCUGCCCUGGAUUUGGACCUAAAACAAGCAAACCCAGCAGUGGAGGGUAUUUACCAGAAGGGGGAACCUGCCUUUUGUGAGUAUCUAAGAAAUUCCAAUUCUGCUGUUGCAUCGUGGAGAAACUGUAAUGUUAAGGUGCCACUGCCUGGAGGAAAAUACUGUUAGUAGGAGUGUCAUUGUGGGUUUCGUACUGUGGUAAGGCUGGAUGGUUGGUUGGGGUAAGGGAACCGUUGAGUGAUCAACCUAGCUUCGGAUUAAGUCGUGUUAGUGUUAAGCCUUAUAAAAUAAAAACUUAAGUUUCAC